GUAAAUUAUUCCUGUGAAUGCUUUUUCUAGCAAAGCAGGAACUGCAGAGCUAGGAAUCAAACAAUGCUGCUGCUUCCAAUAUUCAACACUUUUGUCUUCGUGUUAACUCUGGUGACAACUUCCAACUCAAAUCCUGCUCAGGUUGUCCAAAAAUGGGAUCAGAAUGCAUGUACACUUGUUGUGUGCGGACCUGCUCAGAACGGACUACCAGGAAGUGAUGGGAAAGAUGGCCCUAAAGGGGAAAAGGGAGAUCAAGGAUUACAGGGAUUAAAAGGGUCACAAGGUCCCCCAGGAAAGAUGGGUCCUGCUGGACAAGUAGGAGGAAAGGGCUCACCAGGAGAAAAAGGCACAAAAGGAGAUAUUGGAGAUAGAGGAUUACAAGGUGUCCCAGGUCUGAAGGGUAACCCAGGCAGUGCAGGCCCUUCUGGGCCAAAAGGGGAUAAAGGUUCAACAGGUGAAAAAGGAGUAAAAGGGGAGAGAGGCCUGCCAGGAACUACAGGUUCGCAGGGCCAGAAAGGAAUCGCAGGCUCCCCUGGGCCAAAAGGGGACAAAGGUUCAGUAGGUGAAAAGGGAGCAAAAGGAGACAAAGGAGACAGAGGGUUACAAGGAAGCUCAGGUUUACAGGGUCCCAAAGGGCAAAUUGGUUCUCCUGGGCUAAAAGGUGAUAAAGGUUCAGUAGGUGAAAAAGGAACAAAGGGAGACAGUGGACUAUCAGAGAUCAAUCUCCUUAAAAGACAAGUAAGUACUUUGGAAGGGCAGCUGAGAGCUCUGCAAAGCAGCUUCUCCAAGUACAAACAAGUUAUAAUGUUCCCGAAUGGCAGAAUUGUCGGUGAAAAGAUAUUCAUGACCAGUGGCUAUGAAGGCAACUUUGACAGUCUGAAACAAAGGUGUUCCCAAGCUGGAGGCCAGCUUGCUUCUCCUCGGAAUGCCGCCGAGAAUGCUGCCAUCCAGCAGAUAGUUGUUUUGUACAACAAACCAGUGUUUCUUGGGAUAAAUGAUAUUCAGACAGAGGGUCGUUUCAAGUAUCUAAAUGGAGAAAACAUUGUUUAUUCCAACUGGCAAACAGGCGAACCAAAUAAUGACAAAGGUGUUGAGGACUGUGUAGAAGUCUAUUCAAGCGGAAAGUGGAAUGACAAAUCCUGUGGAGAGAAACGGCUAAUUGUGUGUGAAUUUUAAACCACCUGUCAUAUUGCCUUUGCUUCACUUGAUGGAAGUGACACGUGCUGUAGUAUGUUGGAAUCAAAUAUCUGUCAUUUUUAAAGGGGCUUUGCAGGUAUAUAGGAUAUCAAAGUUUCAAACAAAAUCAUCAGAUUCUGCUUUCUGUGCUAAACAAUGUUAGUUCAAGUAGAAAGCAGUUUUCCUUCAUGUACUGAGUCUGAUAACAUCCAAAUAAGUAGAUGCAACCCCAUGCAGAAACAUACAUUAAUGGAUUAGUCUCCUAGGAAAUACAAGACAGACUUGACAUUGUUCUGAUUGGCCCCUAAGAGGUCACCUGUAUGCCUAAUGAAUAUGCUUGGCAGUGCAUUCUCUUGCUUGGUUAACAUUUAUUAUUUAUUUUUUUCUGUGGGUGUACUCCAGAGCCACUCCAUUCUAGGUCAGACUUCAAUUGUGCAAGGAGCUGUACAAACACUAGGAAAACCUAGCCCCAAAGAGCUUAUAUUUGACUUUAAGAAGUAUUCUGUGCUUGGAAUUAUUUCAGGAUAUAUAUUUGUGUUAAAACUUGGAUCUGUUUGUUGAAAUGUAUAAUGACCUGGAGGAAUAUAGGCCACCGCAUUUUUGUACUGUUCGUUGCUUGAUUUUUUGCCAGUGAACUAUUGUACGCACUGUAUUUUCAGGUGUGAAGGGUUUACAUGGAAUUAGAUGACAGACUGCAUGAAUUUCCCCAAACAGUCUCAGAUGACAAGGAACUUCAGUAAAAUCAGAUUCAUUAGAAACAAAGAAAAUCUUCUCAAAACAAAAUGAAUGAUAUGAAAGGAGGAAGGUGCUUAAAUGACCCAUUACUGUAAUAUUUGAGCCCCAAUAACCUCUGUCCUGUCUGAGAAACUCCCUUUGAUAUCUUCAUAAGACUCUUCCUUUUCCCAGUACAGACAGACUGGAUUGCCUUCUGCUGUCCCAACACCCAACUGUGCAUCAAAUUCUGCUUUUGCACAUUUGAAGAGGACUGUGUUUCUCAAAUUUAUGUUGCAAUACAAAAAGAUGCUGUAUUCAGCUGACUUAAUAGGUAUAAAUAGCUCAUGACGUCUCAGGCCAAAUUAAGACUCCAUGAAUGUCUUUUCUGGAUAAUGUGGUUAGUCUGAAGUCAAAGUCAGUAUCUCACUGAGUCCCAAACUUAGAGAUAAUAUCUGUGUUUCCCGAUAGUUCCCUCUAUAUAAAAUAGAAAUUCUUGACAGAUGAAGCUGCAUUUGUCACAAUUAUACUUAAUAGAAUCUUUUUAAAAAAUCUAAAAAUAUCUAAUUAAAAGAAAGAGAUGAAAAGUUGUAUAGAGCAUAUACUCUAUCUUGAGCUCUUAGGCUAAGCAUGUACCUGUGCCACAUCAGUAGCUUGUCGGAUAGGGAGCUGAAAAUAAUGAUUACUUAGAGUACCCUGUCCAAGAUGUAUCCUUCCACCUUCACUGUAAUUUCUGAGGCAGGUCCUACCAGGUCUUUAGGCAGCUACUUUUCUGGGGUAGUCAUUGCCUCAGAUAGAUUAACCCUGCAGGAGUAGUUCUUCAGUCGGUAUGCAGUACACUCCUUCACUGGUCCCCUCUGGUGUUUUCUUGAUUCACUCAACGUUGUAGGAGCUUUCAAAUGAAGUCUCUUGUGUUCCUGAGUUGAGGAUGUCUUCUAACUUUAUGCCCAAUUUCCCCACAUUUCAAAUACAUCACAGGAUUGUUGCCCCCAGUAGGAGGUGGUGAUCUCUGCUUUUCUGGGGGCAUAGCUACAUGAUUUGCAAGUGUUAGAGUAGCUAUGAGGGAUGGCUACCUUCCUUUUCUCUAGGAUUAACUCCUUCUCCUGGACUUUUGGGAGCUACUGCUUUGGCCUGCAAUACAGGGUCCUUCUUCACUGCCUCCCUAUUCUCUUCUUCUCUGACUUCCUUAAAUAGGGCCAGGAAGGUGGGUGGUUCACGUGUAGGUUGAGGAAUAUGAUGUCAGCAAAGAGAGUGCCCCUGGACACCUGGGUAAUUUGGGCUUGGUUCACCCUCUUCAGCUGGAUACCCUUCUUCAGAGUUACUCUCACGAGUAACUGCUGAAAUCUCAUCAGGAACUCAGGCAUUUUUUCUUCCUGAUGUCAUUUAAGAUCCCUGAACCAGAAGUACAGGUCUUCACUACUCUGUGGUUCCAUAUGUGCUCUCUAAGGCAACUAGGAAUGUACAUGGCACCAGAGUUGCUGGUUCUGAGGACCCUAUGGCUUUCUGCUAUCCUCUCUCCCCAUCUUUUCUGCAUUGCCACUCUGGGACCACUUCGGUGGCCUGGUCAAUCCAACUUUCAAAAUCCUCUUCGUCCAAAAGCAUGAGCAACUUCUCUGAAAAUAUCUUCAGUCUCUUACAGUGGCUGCCAUCCAGGAGGGUGAGCCACGCUUCUCCACAAGAUAUCCCACAAGCUGGCCCCAGCUGUCAGUCAUGGGUGAAAGAGGAACACUCCCUGGCUUCAAAUCUUUCUGUGCUGGGAAAGACUGUAGCUUUGGCACUAAAAUCUGUAGGUGCAAUGCUCACAGGCGCAACACUCACCACCUCCUAAAUCGCUGUCUCCGGGAUGGUGAUCCUUCUGGUGCUAUUACCUCCCUGGGUAUUCUGGUGGCAUCCAGCACUUUGAGUGCUGUAUCAGGGCAAUGCUGCUCCUUGCUUUCAGCUCUGGUGAAUAAUCCAUUAUCUAUGAGUCUCCCACAAGCCUUCUCAGCAUGAGAACACUUAGGCUGUCCAUCUGUAGGGUUACUGGGGAUUCUUGUUACUAUAAAGGACUGGCUGUAAGCAGCUUCCUUUGCUCCAGUCAGAAAGCCAAGUGCUUCUCAUCUUGCAUUUCAGCUUCACCCCCUAGGUGGCACUGAACUCAUUGCUAACAGGCUGAGUAAGAAGUUGUGAACUGAUUGUGUUUGAUUGCCUCCAUCCAUAACCACUCUCCGAGGUGUGGCUUAAACCUACUCCCUUUUCUCUCCCUGGGGCUUGGUAUCACUAAUAUUUGUAGCAACUUCUCCCAUCUCAUCAUGCAGGUCGGGUUCUGGAUUUUUUUUGUUGGCACCUUCUGCCUCCACUGUCAGUGACGCUUCACCAUGUCAGACAUACAGGGCUGCUGCCCUUGAGAAAGCAGUAAUAUUCAGGGUUCCUAGAAAGCUGUUUGCUGAGGAAAAACAUGGAAUUUAUGUUUUUACAGAGAAUCUUUAGUUUUUACAUUUUGUGAAAAAAUAAAAACAUACAUU